ACUAAUUUAUGUGUAUUAGUUCAGCUUUAUUCAGUGUGAUUUUACUGACCAGCUCAGCACAAAGGAUUCAUGUGUCUUUUGCUGAAUAGCUUGAGAUUAAUGACAUUGCAGGAAGUGCUUAACACAAUCGUAACUCUUUGACAUUGUUUACUUGGCUGCUGAAUAAAUGAGCUGGCAUGCACACACAAACAUACAGAUGGACACAUUCAUGUUACUGAUGUUAAGGAGUUUGGACUUCAAACAAAUUCAUAACUGUGGACAUUUUGUACUCCUUGACAUUGUCUACAUACAGAUUUUCCCACCUCUUUGUGUGUAUGACUGUGUACCUUCUGUUCAGGAAGUCAUUGGAUAAAGUCAGACUCUCACUGGGACACUUCACGUCUGCAGGUAGCAAUUGUUGCAUCAUUUUAAAGAAAAACACAAAGGACCCCUGCUAGGUCAAUUUUCCCUCUAAGACUAUCAGAGUAGCUGCACUUGUGUUGCUCUGUAGACGUAUACACACACACACAGACAAACAUUGUUCGAUUUAAGAUUUGAACACAUACACACACAACCAACUACAAAGUAAUAGUCUGCAAUAACCAGAGAGAAAUAGAGGGUUAAACAGACCAAACUGUCAGUGUUUCAUUAUAGGGGCUGCUCAAGAGCCAGAUAGGUUAGCAAAUAAACAUAAACUGUGCGUGUGCUCAUAAGUGUUUAGAGCUGUGAACACAUUGGAUACUUCUCACACUAACAUGCAAACACAUUCCACUAAGUGUUUUGCUUGUUUGUGUGUUUGUUCAAAAAGGGGCUGAAUAGCUUUUGUUGGCUCAGUCUUUUGUUGCAUUCCUCAGCUGUGGCGCUGCCUUCCACACAGGUUCUGUUUUGCAAUUAAAUGUGUUUUUGUGUAAGCUUGUUGUUGCAAACGUGUGUGGCCUGUACUUUUCAUAAUAUUGAAGGUAAUGGGUGAGGGGAAAGUAGAUGGAGGUCAGUUCCUCUGAUGUCAAGCUAUACAUUCGAAGCUCAGAUGACUUUAACAUGCGCAAAUGCCUUGUUCUAGCUGAAUAUCUGAUAAAUGUAGGGAAUAUGACAAAUCUUUCACUUUUAUGCCAACUAAGAAGACAAUGGAUAGUACAAAUCUGGAGGGUGUUUGGACCAUAUUAGAGGUUAAAACACCAGUGGGUAUGUCAGAUUAGCCACAGAUGACAAUGUUAGCAUAUACCUAUUAGCUAGAAUGUAAGUAUUCACACAUAAUUAAAAAAUAAAUGCUUUACAAAAUGUAUGAAUACAUCAUUCAUUAUUGAUGCAUAGUAAAGUUAGAUAACUACAUAAUGAAUAAUUAAUAAUGAAUUCUUAAUCAGGAUGAAUCAUUUUUGGCAUGCAGUAGCUCAGUCUGUAGGGACUUGGAGGGUCGCUGGUUCAAGUCCUAGUGCGGACUAAAAUAUGGAAGUUGGUCUGGUUGCUGGAGAGGUUAAGGAUGUCCUUAAGGGAUUAAUUAAGUAUGUACAAAAAAAUUUAAAGUUGUAUCUUAGCCAAAUCUAGCUAGUUUCCAAACACCAUAUAAUUGUUUCUGUAUGUUGCACUUACUGUAUAGAGCACACAACACCUGUCAAACCAUUUUUUUGGUGAAAAGUUAAAUGAAAAGCUAUACAUAAAAUAAUGUCGCAGUCACUUUACAGUGUUUAACAUAACCAUAGAAUUCUCCAUUACAGUGUCUAGACGUUCCAGAACCAAACAGAUGUUCUAGAACUGCAGUCACACAGAGAGUUUUGCCUGAUAUUUCUGGUCAUUAUUCUUGGUUCAACAGGACUGAUAAGUGCUGGACCAAGGUCUGAGCAGUCGAAAUCGAGCUUUAAAUCAAUCAGUAUUAUUCAGCUUUAAACAAACGUCUGUGAGAAAAUACAUGGAUAUGGAUAUGUACAUUUCAUCUUCGUCAUCCUCUCCUGAGACCUGCCAUGAACCAAAUCUACCAAUUCCCAAAAAGUACAAGGUCCUGGAGAUUCUGGGUCAAGGUGGCUUUGGAAAAGUCGUCAAAUGUUUGGACCGUGACACUAACCAGACAGUGGCUAUCAAGAUCAUUCAACAACACCAUGAUCCCAGCAAGGAGGUAUGACGCUGUUGAUUGUGAUUUCACAAGUGAAACAUAUGUCUUUUUAUUUAAAUUAGCGACUAGGGUUUGGGUUUGUUUGCUAUGAUAAAAAUGACAGGACUACAUGUAAAAAUUCUUGGACCUAAGUUGGCAGAGCAGACUGUGCACACACCCCAUCACCCUUUGCAGCUGGACCCUAGCAAAGUAUUCCUUUUUGGGGAUUAAUCUACUUGUACCUUUAAUAAUGAUUGUUGUUGUAGUUUUUUAGUUAAGGGCUUUUAAUUGCAUGAGAACUCCUUCUCCUCCUCCUCAGGCGUCUAUGCUAAGUUUCCUCAUGCGACACAAAAUGGACAAGUUCAACAUCGUCAAAUUCUACGGAGAGGUCAUCGAGAAAUAUAGGAGAAGUCUUGUGUUUGAGGUUUUGGACAUCAGCCUCCAGGACUACCUGCUGGAGAUAGAUGGCCCUAUGACUAUGAAAGACAUCAGAAGCAUCAUCACACAGAUGGCCGUAGCACUCAGUGGUCUGAAGGAAUUUGGUGUGAUCCAUACUGAUGUGAAAUUGGACAACAUCAUGAUGGUGGAUCAUGAGACACAACCAUUCAAGGUGAAGCUCAUCGACUUUGGCUUGGCAAUUUUCAAAUCACAAGCCAAGCUGGGCUGGGCUCAUCAAGUCCCCUGCUAUAGGGCUCCAGAAAUUAUUUUGGGUCUCCCAUAUUCUGAGGCCAUGGACAUCUGGUCGUUGGGCUGUGUAAUGGCUGUCAUGAUGUUAGACUUUAUGCUCUUCCCUGGAAGAAUUGAAUAUGACACUCUGCGAUUCAUCAAAGACCUACUGGGUCCACCACCUGUCCAUCUACUCAAUGCAGGGCGGAAAUCCAGAGUAUACUUCAUAAGAACAGAUUCAGAUCAGUGGAUACUGAAGACACUCGAGGAGUAUUGGGGACCAACAGUUUAUUCCACUGAUAACAGAUUCUACACUUUCCGUUCUGUGGAUGAAAUGACAAAAAUUUGUCUGGAGAACUGCAAAAAGAGAGAAACCGUCGAGAGGAGGGAGUGCAUUGACCUGUUAAAGGCGAUGGUCACGUGGGACAGUAAUGAGAGGAUUAUUCCCACUGAUAUUCUAAAUCAUCCUUUCAUUACCAUGAGCUACCUUGACAGGAGCUCACACCUCAGAUCCUGUGAUGAACCUUCAGGUUCUGCAACAUUUAAACCAAACACCAGCCAGGCCAAAGACAGAACCCUGGGUGAUGACAGUUCAGGUGAAACUCUGUCAUCAAAUGUCAUCAUGGUUCGUCCUUCAAACCCAAGGAACACAUUGGGCCUGUCCUCUGAAGAGGACAAUGAAACAAGUAUCCACCUGAAUGCAGUUGCUGCAGCAGCGCUGGGCGCAACAAGGACUCAACAGGACACCACCAGGAUCCAACCAGACAACACAGACCUUCUUUCCACCUACACUGGUGAGACGAAGAAUUGCAUAUUCUCCUGGAGCAAUCUUUGCUCCUGCUGCAACAUAAAUGACGUGAAGGAGUGAAGACAUCCACAAAGCUUUUGCAAAAAAACAUCAGAAAACUUGCUCUUUAGUGUUCUCCUACUCAAGCAUUUGUACUGAUCUGUAAAGAGUUUCCAUGUUCUCUGCAUGUUCGAGUGGGUUUUCUCUUCCAAAGUCGUGUGUUAGGUUGACUCUAAAUUGACGGUAUGUUAAAAAAUAUCUUUAAAAAAAGGGUAGUAAUAUGAAUGUUUCAAAAUGUUGUAUUGUAAUAACCUGAUUAAAUAAAUGCUGUUCAACCACAAUACGCA